UUAUCAGCAACUCAGCCUAGAAAAGUCAUAUCAAAUACAGAUAGACCUUUUCAGAUUGUUGAGCACUGUGAUGUGUGGCCAGCAUCGAACACGAUAGUUCAUCAACGACUUGGUAUGGAAUAUUAUAAUUCUGGUCAGAUUGUCAAGCUGUUGUGA